CUUAAAGAGCGAUAACUUUAUCUUGCAAAAUGGCAGCCUCCAGCAGAUGAUGUGUAGCUAUAUUUAAAUGCCAAUUUCUACACAACAGAUUACAAUCAAAUGGAAAUAACCAGUGGACUUAAUUACUAAAUAUCUAGUAUUUGAAAUGUGAAAAUAUUUUUUUAUACCCUACGUUCCCUUUAACUGUAGGCGGAAGCCAAAUGUCGCCGGAGUCCCACAGGAAGAAUAGUGGUCCCCACCCCAUUUUAAGCAAAAAAUUCUGGAUCGAAGUUGGAACUCAAUCCGGAAUACUUUGUUCCUAUCGUAAAUACAUUAGUUUUUCUAUAUAGAUUCUUUAUCCGGUUAUUGGUUCAUUCUUGCAAGCAAGGUUUUGACAGUUUGUUUCAUAAUGAUCAUUAUCAAUAUCAAAGUGGAAAACUGAGGAAAAAUGUCUUCUUUACAACACGUGUCCCGUGUGAGGACAUUAUAUAAAGCAAUUCUCAGGUUGCAUCGCAGUCUGCCUUUAGAGAUGCGAGCGAUGGGGGACCAGUACGUUAAGGAUGAGUUCAGACGACACAAACAGGUCAAUGCAGCAGAGGCCCAUGUUUUCAUGCAGGAAUGGACACAAUACUACCUCACACUAGGGAAGCAGUUAUCGGCACGAAGAAAGGAACAGGUGGUGGGAACUCAUCUCAAUGAGGAAUUUGUUCAACAUUUCAGGGACGAGCAGGCAGAACAGUUAUUGGAAUUACAUGAUGCGAUAAAAAAUCCCCAGGAAGGACAAAAUAAUGAACACAGCUGAUAAACAAAACACAACAGCUCACAAAACACAACAGCUGAUUCACAAAACACAAGAGCAGAUACACAAAACACAACAGCUGAUACAUAAACACAACAGCUGAUACACGAACACAACAGCUGAUACACAAAACACAAGAGCAGAUACACAAAACACAACAGCUGAUACACAAAACACAACAGCUGAUACACAAAACACAACAGCUGAUACACAAAACACAAGAGCAGAUACACAAAACACAACAGCUGAUACACAAACACAACAGCUGAUACACAAAACACAACAGCUGAUACACAAAACACAACAGCUGAUACACAAAACACAACAGCUGAUACACAAAACACAACAGCUGAUACACAAAACACAACAGCUGAUACACUAACUGUGAAGGAAACAAUGUAUACAUAUUUGUGUUUAGAAGAAUGACUUCAUUGUGUGUGAUAACUGAUAUGUUUAGUUAUAAACCAAGGUUUUCAUUGAGAAGCUAAACAUCUAAACCUGGAUUAUGUAUCCUUCUUCACCUGAGUGAUAGUGAAAUUUCACAAGGAAAUGGUGUUACUUAUUUCAUCGUGGAUCUUCACAGAGUGAACAGAAAUAAUGUUUUGAAAUUUAUGAAAUAGUGAUAUAUCGUAAUUAUUGUACAUUGACAAAUGAUUUCUAUAUAAAAAGUUUCAGCUAUAUACAUGACAAUGCACAAUUUUGUUAAUUGCUGAGUCACUAUUGAUGGUACUGCAAUAUCCAUCAUUUUGCAAGAAAUGUCCACAUACACUAUUCUCUUGUUUUCUGUAAAGUGUGUGAUUUACGACCACAAAUAAAUAUUACAUUCAUUUGUUUUAAGAACUGUA